ACGGCUAGUCCGAAAUGGAAAAAUAAUGCGAGUAUUCCAAGCUCCGAACGAUUGCUUGGGAAUAAGCCCCACGACCAACGAAAACUUGGAGAACUUCAUAAUCGAAGCAGAGUAGACCAAGAGAGUAGCUGUUGUAUGACGGCUCGUCUUAAUAAUAAUGAAAGCGUAUUCGCUCAUUCACUUACCUUCAUUCAUACGAGUUGUUUUACUCAAAUUUUAUUUUUCCGCCAAUUUUUUAGAAACAUGAACGAAAUCAACAAUAAACAAAAAAAUAUCACGCUUCAAGAAUAUUUAGAAGCGAAAUUUGGUAAGAACCGGGUAGUAGUAACCCGAGAUCCGCAUUACCAAGAACAAGCAGGCGAGGUAGUUCUCUUGGAUACUAGCUCACAGGAAAAAUCAGAUAACGUCGACUGGUUAAAAGGCCGCCCGCUCGACUGA